CGAAAAUCAUGAGAUCGUACGAGUUAUUGUCGGUCAGUGACGAAAGUGUACCUUUAAUCAUCGACGUUUGCAAAUUAUACGAAACUAAAUCAAUUAUUUUCUUAUAUGGAGAAUCGAUAAAAGAAAUGGAAAUGACAACGACGAUAUUCAAAUGGACACGUGCACUUUCUCGCAAAGGUUUUACGACUUCGAAUUUGUAUUUCUCACAAUUACACGAAUCAUCGUACUACGUGAAACGAAUCGUACGACCACAUUACAUAGCAGUGAUAUCUAAUUACGAAGCUAUCAAUGAGUUCUCAUUGGCAACGAAUACCUUCGAUAUGUCCUUUGCUGCUUGGCUAGUAUUAUUUAUUUACAAGGGACGUGGUUUCGAUUAUUGUCACAAUCCACCAGGUAACAUAUUCCAUUUAAGAUUCGAUUCGGAGAUGUUGGUUCUUUGCGGUACGGAAAAUGUUUUACGUGAGUGGUAUUCGAUCGAUCCGAAUCGAACUGAGAUCAAUGAUUUAGCAAGUUGGAGUUUAGAGAAAGGAAUAACUAAAUUCGUUCCAGAUUCUCUUUACGAGAGAAGACAUAAUUUACAUGGUCUGACCAUGAGAGCCGUUAUAGUCAAGGAUUCGCCAUUCGUAAAUAUUAAUAAGAAUGACGAAUUAGAGGGCAUAUUCGGCAAGGUAUUAAAAGAACUUUCCGUCACACUUAAUUUUAGUUUGAAGAUCGUCUCGAAAGUGAACGAAUAUGGACGAUGGAAUCCGAAAGAGAAUACUUGGUCAGGAGCGAUCGGUGAAAUAUACGCAGGACGUGCUGACAUAUCUAUAUCAGAUUUUUCUAUGACCAGUGCAAGAUUGAAUGUCGUUGAUUUCACUAUGCCGCUUGUUUUUUCGAAAAAUUGUAUUUUCAUCAAGGAACCAAACAAAUUCGCGAUCAAAUGGUCAUCUUAUUUUCAAACUUUCUCCCAUUCCGUUUGGAUUGCCAUAUUUGGAAUAUUAGUUCUUGCAAUGAUCGUAUUAGUUUUUCUUAAAAGAAAAAAUGGUACGGAUCGUAACAUAGGACAGUUAUUGUCCGAUAAUUUUCUUGAGAUUUGGGGUAUAUUCUGUCAACAGGGACUGGCAGAUUUUCCAGAUAGAUUUUCGUUACGAAUAGCAUACUUCUCUAUAUUUCUUUUGGCUGUUGUUUUAUCGGCCGCUUAUUCCGCGGCUUUGAUAAGUUUUUUAACGUCCGUUAUGCAAACUUUACCUUUUCACUCAUUAGAGGGUUUCGUUGAAGACGGUACUUAUCAAUUUGCUGUCCUUCGCGGUACAGCUGAUUACGAUAUAGUUGCAAAUGCAAAAGAUCCACUUGCAAAGAAAUUGAUGGAGUUGAUGCCGGAUGAAAAAAAAUUGCCGAUAACUCUAAAACAAGGGUUUAGUAGAAUUUGUAAAAAUCAAAAACUAGCGCUUUACACAUCAAUCGCAAAAAAGGAAGGUAUUAGAUUUAAAAUACCGUGUAAUGUGAUUCCUAUUAGUAUAGGACGUAUAGAAAGUUUAGCUAUUAUAUUAUCUAAGCACAAUCCAUUCACAGAAGUUAUCAAUUUUCAUUUGCAGAAAUUUAUUAACAAUGGAAUGAUGAAUCGUUUAAAAGACGCGACAUUCAAAAAGAAAUUGAAUUUUAUGUUGAACCAUGAACCGGUUCAUUUAAGUAGCGUUAUAUCGCUCAUUUUCUUCAUCCUAAUUGGUAUAAUCACGAGUAUUUGCAUUCUAAUUAUAGAAAAAUAUAUUUUCGUUCGUAAAAGGAAGAUGUUGAUUGUACAUAAUAUAUUUUUGAACAAAUCGUCAGGAUUUUAUGUGAAAAGGAAAAACAAUAUAAAAAAUAUUGCGAAAAACAAGGAAAGUCGCAAAUGUACACGCGUGAAUUAAACACGACAGUGCUAAUUCUCAUUGUCAAGGAAUUUUUAUAUUCUGAUUGUAAUUUCCUGGAAGGAAUAGAAACACCUAUGCGUAUAUCUACGCUUUUGUAUUAUUUAACAUAGUUUAAGAUUUUAAAUAGAAUUUCUUCAAUUGACAUUGAACGCUUGGAUCUGAUUUUCUUUAUUUGUCGAAUGCACGUAUACACAUAUUUUAACUCUUUCGAAGCGUGUAUAUUUUUCGUCUUUACACGAAAUAUGAAAUAUGUGUCUCGUAUUAGAAACAAAAAAAGAUUAUAUUCGCCAUUUUUAUGUAUGAGUCGCGAUAGAGCAGUAUUAUUGAAUCGCGAAUUUUUCAAUAAACAUAUUUUAAGAUAAAUUCACAUAAGAAUUAAUUAGUGUGUAAGGUAUAUGUGUUCUAACGUGUUACGAUGGGAAAUCAUAUAGCUAGAUUAUCGACCAGAAUAAAAUUAUGAAAUUAUUUUAAUGGGAGUGCAAUA